UUCAUUGCUUCUGAAGUCUGGCGGGUUGCUGAAACCAGUUGCAGCAGCUAAGUUAUUUGUGUAGUCGUUUUUGUGUGGAUUUUUGCUGUGUUAUUUAUGUUUAGUUUAGUUCCAAACCUCUCAUGGAGGUUUGCAGUGCUCAGUAGGAGGCAUGUCACUGUACUGGGGAGAAACUACUUCCGGACUCCUCCUUCGUUGCACAGCUAUGAUCCAGAUGGCAAGACAACUGUGCAAAUUCUCAAUAGAGAAUUUGACCUAGGCUUAAUGAUUAAUUCUUACAGCCAGAUGGGAUUUAGACUCAAUAACGGGUUGUUCAUAGUGGGACCUAUGGCAAUCUUUCCAAAAUCUGUUCUCAGCUGGAAUGUGUCAGGCCCAGAUGAAAUAAAUGAAGAUUCCCUUUGCUUGUUUUUCCUUCUUGAACCAAAAAUAGAUUUGCUUGUGCUGGGAAUUGGGGAUGCAACAUACGAUAUAAAUCUUAGAAAAAGAGUGGCAGACAUUGUAAAGCAGCACCGCAUCAAUCUGGAAGUUCUUCCAACUGAACGUGCAUGCUCUACAUUUAAUUUUCUAAAUGCUGAGGGACGUUAUGUAGCAGGAGCUCUCAUUCCUCCAGUUCAUAUUCGCCCAACUGAUGAUGAUGUAAGAAUAACAAAGUUAAGAAGAAAAAAGCUUUUAAGUGAUGAAGAUUAACUAAGCUGUUUUCUCUGUGUAGAACUGCUUGUAUUUAGCUUACAUUGUGUCAUCCAGCUAUUUGUCAUUGUUUGUUUUUCUGUAAAGAAAUAUGUAUUUAUGAAAUACUGAGGAUGAGAUUCUUUUAAAUUUGGCUUUCUAAUGUGCAGCUUUAAUUUCAUGCUCUUGUGCUAAUCUGUUGUAUUAAUAUGUACAUGAUAGUUCAAUCACAAACCACAAGACAUAAAGAUGAUUCAACUACAA